GGUAAGAGUCAUAAGCCCUCAUCAAAACCACCAUUAAAUACCACAAAGAAACGGUAUUCCCCCUUUCAGACUCACCAAAUGGCCACCAUGCCACGACGGAGCUCCUCCUCCUCCUCCUCCUCCGCCACCAAAACCUGAAACUCCUCUCACAGAUCCUCUCUCUCUCGCUACCUAACCCUAACCCUAACCCUUGCUUCAUUCUUCUUACCCUUUCGAUUCUCUCAAAUCCUCUUCUUCUAUUCGCAUUGCAUUGCAUUUUUUGCAUUGCGUUUUUGGUUUGAUUCCCUUUUCUUUACCCUAAUUACCUUCCAUUUCAGAACCUUCCUUCAUUUUUCCAUUUCUCGAAUAGUUUGCAUUUUUUCUGCGAUCGAAGCAGAGAUGAUCUGUUUUCGGUUGAGUUUUGGAAUUAGAAAUGGAAUGGAAUGGGAUGAAGCAAGCAUCAUGAAAUUUUAGGGUUUUUGAACUGUGUUUGUGUGUGUUUGGUUGUUGACAUUGGUGGUGGUGUUUUGGAGAGCUUGGUGUUUGUGUGUGUGUGUGAGAGUCUGAUGAAUUGUGGUGGCGAGGAAGAGAAGCAAUGGAGUUGUGGAAAAGCUGGGAGUGUGAAUUUCCGAAAAGUGAGUUCGAUUGUUCGCGACAUUGGGGAUCCUUGCCUCUCUCAGUCUCCUGUAAAGGUUGUUGUAACUGUGAACAGAAUGCUUAAGCCAGACAAGUGGCAAGCCUUGUCUGAUAGUGAAGGAAAGGUGCUUGGUUUCCGGAAGGCGCUGAAAUUGAUUGUGUUAGGGGGUGUAGAUCCUUCAAUAAGACCUGAAGUUUGGGAGUUUUUACUAGGUUGCUACGCACUGAGCAGCACUGCUGAGUAUCGAAGAAGGUUGAGAGCAGCUAGGAGGGAGCAUUAUAGUGACCUGGUUAAGCAAUGUCAAACAAUGCAUUCAAGUGUAGGAACUGGUUCGUUGGCAUAUGUUGUUGGAUCCAAAGUUAUGGAUAUGAGAACUUCAUCUAAACUUGAACGGGAAAUGAAAGAGGCAGCAAAAGAAGGCCAUCAUGAAAGCUCCAAUGGUUCGGUUGACCUAGCCAGUUUGAGAGCAAGCACAGAUGGUGCAACUUAUGAUUCUUAUGGUCAACAAAACUGCAGUUCCCCAAAUUUAGGGAGAGAAACAGAUGGAUCACAUUGUGUGAUUGAUAGUCCUUUUGAUUUUCCUGCUUUACCUGUGACCAAUCUGUUUGAAAAGAGUGGUAAAGAUAACAACUCAAGCACAGAGCAUGGCAGUAAACUGUCUGCACGACAUAGAUUAAGAUUUGAUGAUGAAAUGCAUACCUUUCAAAUCAAUGACAAUGUAGACUUAAUUGGUGAAUCAAAUGGCCAACAACCACGGGGUAUCUUGCAUUCCACGAACUCUGAAAUUGAAGUUGCUUCACCUGAUGAGGAUGAACCAGAAUUCCCAUCGGACAAUGCUGUUUAUGAAGCUCAGAUGGUAAAUCAACUAAAAAUAUCAGAUGUACCCCAGCCAGCAAGGAUAAGUGCCGCAAUGUCUCAAGAAUGGCCUGUCGGUGAAGAUAGAGUAUCAGAAUGGCUUUGGACCUUGCACAGGAUAGUCGUUGAUGUUGUGAGGACGGAUAGUCAUCUUGACUUCUAUGAGGAUACCAGAAAUUUAGCUAGAAUGUCGGAUAUUCUUGCUGUCUAUGCAUGGGUUGAUCCUGCAACGGGGUAUUGUCAAGGUAUGAGCGAUUUGCUGUCUCCCUUUGUUGUAAUCUUUGAGGAUAAUGCAGAUGCUUUUUGGUGUUUUGAGAUGCUUUUAAGGAGAAUGAGAGAAAAUUUUCAAAUGGAAGGCCCAACUAGGGUGAUGAAACAGUUGCGAGAAUUAUGGCAUAUUCUUGAACUGGCAGACAAAGAAAUGUUCGCACACCUGUCAAAAAUUGGUGCCGAGAGCCUUCAUUUUGCAUUUCGCAUGUUGCUUGUUCUGUUCCGGAGAGAGUUAUCUUUUAACGAGGCUCUUUCAAUGUGGGAGAUGAUGUGGGCAGCUGACUUUGAUGAAUCCUUGGCAUAUGAUUUAGAAGUAAAUUGUCUGGAAGCGUUGGACAUACAUCUUCCUAGAGACUCAAGCAAUGAUUUAAGAGAAGAAGUUGCAGAUUCUGAUGAUGGUAGUGUGAAGAGUGGUUCACAAUCAAAUCAUAAUGAAAAUGACAAUGACAAUACAAAAGCCAGCCAACAGUCAAAUCAUGAGAACACUGAUGUCUCUGUAUGGGAUGCCAAAUUGAAGUCGCUAUCAUCUUAUCCCUUUUGUGGCUUGGCAAGGAAUAUGUGGCCAAGAAAUGGUAGAGUUCAAAUGAGCACUAUGUCCUCGUUAACAAGGAAAGAAAAGGAUGAGCUAGCCAUAUUCUGUGUCGCAGCAAUUCUUGUUUUAAACCGUCAGAAAGUCAUUCGAGAAACCCACUCCUUUGAUGAUAUGAUAAAGAUGUUCAAUGACAAGAUGUUGAAGAUCAAUGUAAAAAGGUGCAUAAGAACUGCAAUCAAACUACGAAAGAAAUAUUUAAACAAGGUAAUAAAGAAAAAGAACCGGGUUUCAGAGAAAGAAGACUAGUGUAAUAUCUUUGCCAAUUACUCUCGAGGCAGAAGCACCAAAUGGCAUUGAGUAUCACGUAUGGCUCUGCUUUUCCAAAUCGGACUAUGGUGUUAGAUUUUUUUUAAUUACUUUUCCACUUUGGAUGGGAGACUUUCUAAAGUGUUUUUGCUUUUGGAGAUUCAUCCAGCUGUUGUACCUCCAUAGCCUUCAUUUCUCUUUUUUUAUGAGUGAAAAGAUUCACACGGGAACUUUUCAUCACUCUGGUUGCUCCGAGGUCAAAUCAAUCUGCAGUCUUGGACACUUGGCACAGGUUAUGUAAACGUAUUUUCUUUCUUUGUACUUGUGUUUGAGCUUAUAUUGCUGGAGAAAAUUGUACGCUAAUCUCUUACUGCUUAGAGGAACUGGAGUUUGGAAAAAGUACACGCACUAGAAGAAAAUCAGAAAUAGGUGGUGGGUAUGGGGGAGGGGAAUAUUGUAGCAUAUGGAAACGUAUAGACUAAACUAAAGUUAAUUUUUGUUGUGAUAUUAGUUAGCAAAAGAAAUGAUAUAUUAUGGUUCAUACA